CGCAAGAAGUAGAUGAGUAGAUCCAAGUGAUCCGAAGGUUUGCUUGCAUUCGAUCAGGAUCAACUGUCACAUCCUAAAAUAAAUAAGCACCAUGUUCCGGCGUCUACAAAAUUCGCGUAAUUACCUUUCGUACGCUAGCGACCUUCUGAAGAAGAAUUUCCUCUACUCGCUGCAGCUGGAAGCCAACGCGGAUGCCGACAAGUGGAACCAAAAGCGUGGCCAAGGGGUUUUCACCAUUUCGUUUUUGUACAAGCAGGCAAUUCCUCGACCGUUCAGCAUUCGAUUGGCCAAGUCACAAGAUGAGCCACACAUCAUGCAUUUCAUCCGGGAAAACUUUUACGAUGAGGAGCCGCUGAUAAAAAGUUUAAACAUCAACAAGUCUCUGGCUAACCCAUGUUUGGAAGAGUAUCUCUGCAAUCAUUUGAAAGCAGGAUUUACUUUACUUGCCGUGGAGAAGGACAACCGAAUCGUGGGUAUAUCCGUCAAUCAACGAAACUGCGCUUGGGAUGGCGACAGAUUACGCGAGCAUGCUGAUCGAGUUCAAUGCGACCCUCUGCGAAAGCUUUUCUACAUCUGGUCCAUUGUAUCGAAGGAACCUCGACUACAUCAAAAGUUCAAAACGCCGUGUAUCUUCGAGAUUGCUAUCCUAGCAACAGCACGCGAAGCUCAGCGGCAAGGCAUCGGAUAUCAAUUAACGAUGCACUCGCUGCGUUUGGCACGUGAUUUAGGCUUCGAUGUUGCCCGGAUGGAUUGCACCAACGAGUACAGCUCUAGACUAGCGCAGCGAGCCGGCAUGGAGUGCAUGUGGUCUGUACCGUACAAACAUCUGGUGGAUUGCGACAAAAAGCCAGUGGUAAAACCGGGCCAUCCCCACACCCACAUCCGAGUGCAUGCGACGCAAUUGAAGGGCGCUUAGAAGCUUACGGGGUGAUAAUGUAAAUUUUUAUCUAUUGAAUAAAUUUUGCAAUUAAGGUUUAUGUAUUGUGGAUAAUUUUUGUGUACAUAGGUAUUGGUGGGGGCUGGCUCACCAACACUUCCGGUCCGCUUUAGUGCUUUAUGCAUCAUUGUGGCCAGGUGUUGUUCUAGUUUUUCCAGCUGUAUUGUAAAGCAUGAGCGGUGAUCCUUGGCAUUCUUGUGUAAAUUGGGAUACUCGGAAUGUUGAUCGAUCACCGAUUAUUGCUGGCAGAUGCAGUGGAAAGUUUGUCUUAAUACGUAUCAAUCGUCUCUGACAAACGAGAAAAACUGACCUCACUGAUUACCUGUCUCUGAGCCAAAUUUGGUAUAGAGUCUUCAGUCUCCGAUUAAUCGCUUCAUGUUUGAUGGAGGCUUUUAAUCCAAUGGGUUACAUAGCCGCUAUCCGAAUGAAGAGAGUAAUGUUCCGCGUAAUAUAUCACAAAUCAAAAGAGGUGCGGUACAUUACGUGGAGCGGAUAUACUGAAUUGGGUACCAGACCAAGUCCCUGCUGGGUGGCACGAAAUAGGUGAGCCAUAGACAAUAGAAUCGUCAAUGUCGUAGGGCAUAGUAUGU